CGCAGUCGUAGUGUUUGCAUUCCUCCUCCCUUCUCUGAGACUGACAGCCCGUUAGCUGCUUCUGCUCACCGGCAAUGAUACAGCAAACACGGACAAGAUAAGACACACAGAGAUGGACUUAGCGAGCACUUUUUACCACUACAAAGACGGAUAUUAUUUAGACACCUUUGUCUGUUGACGAUAGACGGAGGUUAUUCUUUUCCAGGCUCAUUUUUGUUUCUGGAAAAAGGAGACUCGACGUCCGGGAGAGGAAUGGAUGCGACGACUGAUUUCCUGCGACAUACACCGGCCAGUUAAGAAGCUUCCACAUUCACUUUGAAGACCACCUGAGUGCACCUUAACUAUUCGUGGCUAGACUUGUUUCUACGUGCGUAAUUGUGACACGUAUAUCCGCAAAAUACUCGCAAUUAGUAAAAAUGUACACCAAGUUCUAGAAAAGCGUGGCUAAUCGCUACAGGCGACCCAACACAGCUUUAAGCUAACCAACGGCUAGCUGAAUUUUGCAUUCUUUGUUUAUUUUAUUUGCUUCAUUGAAUACAGCGUUUUUAUCUUUCUGAAGUUGGAUUAAUACUUGUGUUAAGAAGAGGGACACCGCUUAUAAACUAGCGUUUCAGUGUAACUACAGCCCGGAACGUUGAACUUGAUUUUUAAAGGACAUAAAUCAUCUGACUUAUCACUUAUGGCUCGUUAGUAUCGCGGUACUGCAGCUGACCCAGCUAACGUUAACUAGCAUCUGUGUUAGCUAAUAGGUAGCGCCGUCAGCCACUUCUUGGCCUUUAGUAACUCCUUGACGGUAAAGAUGCACCACCAGGACUUUUCUGGAGACCCACCUGGGAGCAGGAAAACUGCUUACCACUACAGGAGGGGCAGCAGCGGUGCGUCUGCCUCGUCCGCAGCCGGUGGCAGUGGAGUCAACACGGUUGACGACAAUCCAACCCAGCCUGGAUCUUCUUCUCCCGGACUCCACCACCAGCCCCAGUCCCAAGUGGCUGGCGCUCAGGUGAAGAAGAAGAGUGGCUUCCAGAUAACAAGUGUCACCUCAGCUCAGAUCAGCGUGAGCGGCAACAACAGUUUAGCAGAUGACACUGAGAGCUAUGAUGAUAUGGACGAGUCACACACAGAAGACCUCUCCUCCUCUGAUAUGCUGGAUGUUUCUGUGUCCAGGGCCACGGAUACAGGUGUGCCAGAGAGAAGCUCUUCUGAUGAGACACUGAACAGUCUCCAUGGGGUUGACACACCUGGACUUGUGUCACCCAACGAGCCUCUUCACCCUCAUUCCAUCCCUCAGGGGUCUCAGCAGCACACCUCUAUGGUAAAUGGGACCAUGCAUCAUCAUUAUUAUCCUCAGCAACACAGCCAGUCCCACCAUCAUCACUCUGAUAGCUUGGGAGGAGUUGAACCCUCAUUGCCAGCUCCCUUGGCUAGUUCCAGCCCAGCUAUGGGUUCCAAAGCCGGGCCUAGCCAGUCCCAGGGACCACUGAUGUUGGAUAACACUAAACCUGCUGGUGGGACAACCCAACCAUUAGCCCCUAUUGUUGGUGGGACUGCCACUGAUCCACUACUACAAGGCAGUGUGAACAUUUCUAAUGUGUCUGCUGUCAAUUCUGCUGUGGUUCCACCUUCUGGGCCUGCAGGUUUUGACAACACUAGUGUGAGUGGGCAAAUAGCUUCUGUUGGAGGAGGACCAGGCUUGCCUGCUGCUGCCCCCAACACUCAAACCCAGCACACCCAAACUCAAACAGCUACUGGCUCUCGUUUUAGGGUGGUCAAAUUAGACACUAACUCAGAGCCCUUCCGCAAAGGAAGAUGGACGUGUACAGAGUAUUAUGAAAAGGAGAUUCCUCAUCCAACUACAGCUGAGGCACCCAAAGGUGCAGAGGUGGCUGCAGAGACUGAGGCAGGGAUUAGUCAGGGCAUACCAGCUGUACAUCCUCCUCACACGCUGCAGCCCUAUCAGCCGCCGAACCAGGACUUCACUAGUCCACCAACCAUGCAGAGCCCACCACAGGGACUGGCCCAAACCACUCCUCAGACCUAUGUUUCACCCCAGGAGGUUGUUGGUGGGGCUCACAUGCAGAACCCAGUGGCUCCUCUCACUAUCUCUACAGCAACACCACAGGCCGGUGUAAGUCAGCCUCCUCCUGUAAUACCCCAGCAGUUGCCCUAUGCUGUGGAUCCCCAUCAGGCUCAACCCCAGGGAGGUUACCCUGCACCUCAGCUCCAUGCAGGGGUCAUGGCCCCGGGAAGUGUCCGUCAACCAGACUUUAUCCAGCCCACUGCUCCCUUCCAGACCCAGGUCCAGCCUCCGCUGCCACAUGUCACAACAGGAAUCUCCAUAACACCAGUUCCAGGUGUCACAGCACAGCAACCAGUCAGCAUUACUCAGCAGCUGCCCCAUCAAGGUCAAGUAGCCCCACCUGCCCAGGACACUUUUGCAGGACAGCCUCAGACCCUCCCAGUGCAACCUCACUCACAGCCACAAGUCCAGCCCCCGUCCACUGCCACAGUCCCAGUUGCACACACCCACGGGACACCCUACAUGCCCCUGACUGCUGUCCUCCAACCCCUCCUCACCCCGGGUGCAACCUUCACCCAGGUCCCUGGAGGAGGGAGCUCCAUAAAAACCUCCCAGCUGGAAGACGCCCAGAAGCUUCUGCUGCAGCAUCAAGGCCUGCUGGGUCUGCCCAGGCUGGGGGCGGCAACAGGUGGAGUGGGGGCUGCGGAGGCCAGCGGUGCUGCUGGAACACUGGCCCACAUGGGGAUGUCAGCUGAGGCCAGCGCCUUCAUGGCCGCCGCUGCUGCAGGCCUCAGGACUCAGCAUGCUGAAGGAGAGGAUGACAGCUCUUCCGGUGCAAGUGUGGUGGCCAUUGACAACAAGAUUGAACAAGCAAUGGACCUGGUGAAGAGUCACCUGAUGUACGCCGUGCGCGAGGAGGUGGAGGUGUUAAAGGAGCAGAUCAAAGAGCUGAUUGAGCGCAACACUCAGCUGGAGCAGGAGAACAACCUGCUCAAGACCCUGGCCAGCCCCGAGCAGAUGGCUCAGUUCCAGGCGCAGGUCCAGACCGGCAGCUCCCCGACCGGCACAGGCCAGGCUCCGGUCCCGGUCCCGGCCGGAACCACACAAGCCCUCCCCUCCACACAGAGCUCCAGCACCUCUGCGUAACACAGGAGCUGCACACUGGAGACCCCCCUGACGAUGAGAGAUGGGGGGGAUAGAAGGAAGAAGAAGAGGAGGAGGAAGAAGGAGUCUUGCCAUACUGUGAACUGACUCUAUGCCACCGACUGUCUCGAGGAGCGCACACUUCUACUUAACCGGAGGACGAAAAACAACUUUCUUUUGUUGCACAUUUAAUUUAACUGAAAGACUUUUGAGUUGCACCGGUGUGUGUGUGUGUGUGUGUGUGUGUGUCCGCUUUUAUUACCUGCUUCAGACAAUCGUCGUUGUGGUUGUCAUCGUCGUCAUGGUGAUUAUAAGGGGGGAGGACAGGGCUGACGGGAACUGACAGUCGACCCUUACAGCUGCCUCCGCCAUUGUUCGGGGCCACUUUGGAGAGAGGAGCUAACGUAGGCCUCGGCCAAUCAGGAGAGCGCGCUCUUGUCGGUGCCGUCGAACCCCUCGCAGUGUGACCUGUGGAAAGUGUGCCAUCGUUUUCCCCACCUCAACCCAGGACUGUCCAUCUGCACACGCUUUACAUUUUUUACUCCGCAUCAUCUUGUUUUAUUUCAGUUUUAUUUAGUGCUGCGGUCCGUGCACUUUUUUUCAGACGAUAUUGACAAUGGACGAACUGUAAAGAUUCGUACGACCCAUCUGGAAUGGGAGUCAAAUAGUCCAGCUUACUUUUAUCUCCCUCACCGCAUCUGAAGACGACGACAGUCUUGAUAUAUUCUGGGUUGAGGAGGGGUUGUUAUAAAGAAUUAUGAAAUAUGUCUCAGCUGCACCUCAUUGUUCACUUUGAGAACUUUGUGUUCUUUUCGAGGUUCACAUCGCCGUCCCCACCCUGAACACACUCGCCCCCCAUCUUGGAUGGAGCAGUAAACAUUUAUGCAGGGAAUCUUUUUUUUUUUUUUUUUUUUUUUUCUCGGGAGGGCUUGGAAAGGUUUAGGAUUUGUUUUUGUCUGUUCUGCUCUUGUUGAUGUAAUUAAUGUCCUAGUGAUCUGUAAAAAUAAUUAACGGAGAGGCAAAGAAGUAGGACAUGACUGUUUCUAGGUAGUGAACUUUGUACAGAUUAAACAUUUCCAAUUAACUCUGCCAAGUGCCUGGUUUCUAACCAUAGAUACAUAUAUAAAAGCUUUUUUAAGUUGUUUUAUUCAAUAUGUGUGUAUAUAUACAUAUAUAUAUAUCUAUGGUUUUGCCAGGUUUUGAUCUACCUGUGAUGUCAAUACUCAGGGUGGGAACAGAAGAGGAUUAUUUACCUCGACACUAAGAUGCUGUCUCUCCUGCAGUGACACACGGCUCCGUACUGUAUGUGAACUCUGCUCUGCCGUCGCUUAACUCACUCGCUCAAAUUAUCUGGACUGUUUGGGGACGUGCGUAGUUGUUUUUUUAAUGAAUGGCGAUGGUGUUUUUUUUUUUUUUUUUUUUCCUUUGUCUUUAUUCUUUUAGUCUUUUUUGUACAGCCAAGUGUUUGAGUUGCUCAUAGUGCAACUGGAGCGCUGAACACAAUAAUGAGACACUUGGCAAAAACAAAAAAAAGUGCCGAGCACAAGUUUGUCGAUGUUUUGUGCAUGUUCUUCAGCCCAUCACAAAUGUGACGUUUCAAUUGCACUAGACAGUUGCACCUCAAAUAAAAUUGAAAACAAAAAAGCUAAAA